UUUAUAAUAAAACUAACAAGUGAUUUAAUUUAAAAACUUAAUUGAAACAAAAGAAAUUCUUGAAGUUUUACAAGUGCACAAAGAUAACCUUAAUUUAUAUUUUGUAUUUUGACAGUGAGAAAAAUUAUUUAUUUUAUUUAAUUGAUAAAUAAAUAUAUAAAUAAAAACAAUGGCAUCGUCAAGAGAAAGACGUGCCAAUGCUGGCAAUAAAAUGGCAAAAUUGUUAAAUGAAGAGGAAGAAGAUGAUUUUUAUAAAACAACUUACGGUGGAUUUGAGGAAGUCGAGCAGGAUAAUGAUUAUAUGGAAGAAGAUGAGGGUGAAGAUGAAGUUGAUUCAGAUUUUAGUAUUGAUGAAAAUGACGAGCCGGUGUCUGAUCCUGAGCAAGAAGGACCUAAAAAAAAGCGUAGACUUGUAACAAAGGCUUACAAAGAACCGAAGCCGGUGACUACGCAGCCAAAAGCUGUUACCAAAGAAAAAAAACCACGAAUUAUUAAACGUAGAAAAUUUUCUAAUGACAGUACAGGAAGAAAAUCUAUAAGAAGAUCAACAGCUGCCAAGUCUGCUGCAACACAAAAGAGACUUAAAGAAAGAAAUGAAGAUCAGAGGCGAAAAGUUAAAAAAGUAAGGCAUGAUGUUUGGAAACCUACGCAAGAAGAAUUGUUGGAAGAAGCUUUGGAGACUGAAGAAAUAAAUCUUAAAUCACUUGAAAAGUAUCAAAAACUUGAAAGUGAGAAAAAGAAUACGAGAACUGUAAGAAAAACUCAGUCGCAACCUAUGAUAAGGUAUCAGUCAUUAUCGAUGCCAAUAAUGGUCUUAUCAGACUCACGUGAUAAAGAAAGUGAAAAAAUAAAUAUCGAUGGGGAUGAUGAAGUGAAACCAGCUGAUGAUUUUAAUACAAACACAGUGUCAGAUACACCUGUAUCAAUUCAAGAAACUACAAAAGACAAAGGAGAAAAUGAUCCUAAGAAAUCUGAUGAAAAAAAAUCUAGUAAAAAAGAAAUUGCUCAAAGUAAAGGUUACUAUGAAAGAACGUUCAUUACUUUUGAAUCAGAAAGACAAUUUCUUAAAGCAUUCAGAAAAACUCCUGCACCUAGACGAACUUUAAGAUCACUUUGUGCCAUCACGAGACUUCCGGCAAAAUAUCGUGAUCCAGUAACAAAUUUACCAUAUCGUAACAUCCAAACAUUUCGCCUACUCCGGGAAGCUUACUACCAACAAUUGGAAACAAAGGUAGACACAAGUGACACUACUAAUAAUGCUGAUUUAAUUAGAUGGUUAGAAUGGAGACAAAAGAAUCAGCAUGCUGUCCAAAAAAGCACUGUACGGCUUGAGUCAGCGUCAAUAUAUUCGACACCGUAGCGCGAAACCACGUCAGACUUAGCUUUGUUUAAUUAUGAAAAUAAAAUCAAUGUCAAUCCAACGUCAUGCUACUUAUUAUUACUUACUAAAUAAGUAAUUAAUUAUUGAUAAUAAUAGAAAUAUAAAACUGAGCAACU